CCUGUAGUCAUAUUUUCCUUGCAACAAAGUAGCAAUUCCAUCGCCUAACGUUAUCUAAUAAGUAGCACUUUUGUAACGCUAUAAGGAGGAUCCUCCUUAGACACAUCCUCAAUAGUCAAUACAUAAAGUCAUAGAUAUGUCUCUACACAGCUUCGGGAUUCAACGUAGUUAGAAAAUUAGUAUCUGUAAGUCAAAAACAUCACCGAGUAAAAAGAGUCCACCCAUUAACUCAAGUCUCAACUUACACUUUGUUUUAUUGGUCCCAUACCUAAGUAUAGAAAACCAUUCAGUUGAAUCUCCACCGACACCAUAAUCUGAGUGCAAGAGUCCAUACUCUCCAUCAGAGAGACUCAAAUCCAAUUCUCCUUACUGCAACAGCUCAAAUUUGGAAUCUUUUGUAAAAACCCAGAUCAGCGGAUCUCGAAUGGCGAAGCACACGGCAGCGUUGAAGGUGGGACUAGCUUUACUGGCCCUCAGCAUGAUUGGCUACAUACUUGGUCCACCGCUCUACUGGCACCUCACGGAAGCCUUAGCCGUUUCAGCCACUUCUUGCUCUGCUUGCGUCUGUGAUUGCUCUUCGUUGCCUCUUCUCACCAUCCCAACUGGACUCAGCAAUGGUUCAUUCACUGAUUGUGCAAAGCGUGAUCCAGAGGUGAACGAAGACACAGAGAAGAACUACGCUGAACUUUUAACAGAGGAACUGAAGCAGCGUGAAGCAGCAUCGAUGGAGAAACACAAACGAGUAGACACGGGUCUGCUAGAGGCCAAGAAGAUAACAUCAUCUUACCAAAAGGAGGCAGAUAAGUGUAACUCGGGUAUGGAGACUUGUGAAGAAGCAAGAGAGAAGGCGGAGAAAGCACUUGUGGAGCAGAAGAAGCUGACUUCUAUGUGGGAACAGAGAGCUCGUCAGAAAGGAUACAAAGAUGGAGCCACCAAGUCAACUGUUAAAUCCAAAAGCGGCACUGAGGUUGCUUAAGGACACACCAAAGGUUUUGAUUUCUUAUCACACGAAAGAAAAGUUUCAGUGUAUCUGUGAAUUUGAUUCAUACUAUUGUAUUUAAGUUUUCUGAUGGAGAUAAAUCAAUCAGAUGGAAUGAAAACAUGUAACCAAAACAACAAAGGAUUAGUGGAUUUUGAACAAAGUUACAACACAAUCAA